CACACCAUGGUCUGUUAUUAAAGCUGUGCAGCCUUUUCUAUGGGGUAUGGACAGGAGCAGAGAUAUCCUCGUGGGUGUCGAUUCCUAGAGGGCACUUACACCUGUGCGCGCGCGCGCGCGUUUGUCACUUAAAGUACACUGGGGGGUCUUUUAUGUGAUUGAUUGAUUGAUUGAUUGGUGCGGACGAAGAUAUCGAUACUCUAAUCAUGUCAAGUUAAAACCGGUUUCUUCAUCAGUCAAAUAAUCUACACCGAAUGGAUAUGAGUGCCCCAUGAAAAGGGUGGAGCUUUGUGGAGAGCGCACGACAGCGGACGUCAUCCGGUUGCCUGAUGAAUGGUUUUGGUCGACUAAAAACACUCCCUGUAAUAUUUGAUCUUGGGCACAGACAGACGGACGCGGUGAGAGACGGCGGGAGGAGAUCAUAUGAGGGGGUGCGCGGAUGGGAACAGACAGAAGCCAAUCUAGAGAGUUGGCUCUGAAGAGGCGCUCCGCUGCGUCUGAGCGGGCAUAGAUCGAAACCAACAGAAUCUUUACUAACUCAGGCGCAACCAAAGUCACAGUAGCAGCUGCAAAGAAAUUAAUGAAUAACAAAUAGCAGUGCCCAAAGCAAAGGCAAAAGAAAAAAAAAGAUCUGUAGAAGCUGAAGCGAGGUGAAGUGAAGCCCACACAAUGAGUUGCUGUUUUGCCCCAGCCCACCCCUCGGCUGGCGAGAUCGACCCUGCCUCCUCGGCCCACUAUCGGCGUCGGCGCGGCGCCACCAACCACAACAUGGCCGAGCAGGGCGCACCCUCCACCGUGCUGCCCAACGACCGCCGCUUCGUCAUCUUCUUCGACUUCGACGAGACGUUGGUGGACGAGACCAGCGACGACAUGGUGGUGCAGGCGGCUCCUGGCGGCGUGCUGCCCGGGUGGCUGAAGGAUACCUAUCGGCCCAGCCGCUACAACGAGUACAUGCAGCGGGUCUUGGCUUACCUGGCCGAGCAAGGGGUCACCGAGAGCACCAUCCGCUCCAUCAUUGAGAAGAUCCCCGCCUGCCCCGGCAUCCUCGCCCUGCUGCGCUUCAUCCAGUCGCGGCCGGCGCGAGAUUUCGAGGUGGUGUGUGUGUCGGAUGCCAACACCUACUUCAUCGACGCAUGGCUGACCAAUGCCGGCGUCCGCCCGCUCUUCCUGCGCGUGUUCUCCAACCCCGCGCAGUUCGACCACCGCGACGGCGGGCAGCUGCGGAUGAAGCCCUUCCACGCGCACGAGUGCCAGCGCUGCCCCAGCAACAUGUGCAAGGCGGUGGUGGUGCGCGAGUACCUGACGCGGAGGGUGAGGGAGCGCGACGGCCGGCCCUACCAACGCGUGCUGUACGUGGGCGACGGGGCCAACGACUUCUGCCCGUCCACGACGCUGUCGCCCCGGGACAUCGCCUUCCCGCGCCGGGACUUCCCCAUGCACCGGCUCAUCCGGGAGAUGGCCGAGGCCCAGCCGGGCAAGUUCAAGGCCAGCGUGGUGCCCUGGGCCAGCGGGGAGGACAUCAUCAAUACCCUGAGGAAGGUGGUGGAGGAGAGAGGCUAGCCUGAUGAGGCCUUAUCGCACACACACACACACACACACACACACACACACACACACACACACACACACACACACACACACACACACACACACACACACACACACACAAAGGUGCCACUGUGAAAGUUUGGGCCACAAUAAUAAUGGGCUUAAUAUAGUAAUAAUAAUAAUAUAGUACUACCACCAUCUGAUCAAAACACACACACGUCACACACACACACACUACAUGGAGCCCAUGUGCAUAGACAUGUAAUAAAAUUCACAGACCAGCAUCUCUUUGUAAUAAUGAAAUUCAAACCCCACAUGAGCUAGGUGUUUCAUUCACAACUUAACUGGAGAAGCACAAAGCACAACAAGCCUAUCCAUCUGUCAGGUCUCCGCUCAUUUGUUUUAUGUGAAAACAGGGCCACCGACAGACUUGACUGGGCCCGGGACAAAAUCACCUGAAGAGGCCCCGAGCUCAAUACAUACAAUUUAAUGGGCACCCAAUUCUGUGCCCCCUUUUCUCCCUGGGCCCAAGACAACUGACCCAUUUGUCUCCCCGUGUUGGCGUGCCUGUGUUCAACUGACAGCAGGAUGAACAAACACGGGGCCCAUCCCUGCCAUAUUACAAGCUGUCUCAUUUACUGGCAGCGUUUUCACUGGUGCACUCAGGACCUCUGACAGCAUUUUGCCAGGGCCGGGACAAAGUAAUAUCAAAGAGCCCCCCUCACGCAAUAGAGUGUAAUGAGGACCCAGUUCUUGGGCCCCUCUCUCCCUAGAUCUAGGAUAACAUACCCGUUUGCGCCCCACCUGUCGGCUGCUCUGGGUACACUUACAAGCUUUGGGCCCAGCCAGGGACAAGAUCGUUGCUAGGCAAAUGAAUAUGAUUUUUAAGCAUGAGUGAACAUUAGCCAUAAAAGCUGGCCCCGAUCCUCUUUAAAACUGUCUGUAUGUGACACUUGUUGUCUCCAUUGACCUACUCUGUUAAUUGGUUUACAGGCUUGUUAACAGGCCCGUGAAAUUAGCCAGGUUAACAUUCAGCAAGUGGCUGGGUGUAUAUAGGCUACCCUGCUGCCGCAAGAUAAGUGUCAAGCGUGUGGGCGAUGGCUACCACGGAACAGAACAAGUCAUCGCUGUCACUAAGGAUAUCUGGGUGGAUGGGAUAACCUGGUGUUAAUCAAUCGUUCAGAAUCCUCAUUCAUGAUCCUACCUUGUUGUGUUGAUGUCUGCACUUACAUGAAGCAAUAUCUAAAUGAAGUUGAACAACAAUAACACCAUGCUGCCAAGUCAUUUCAGAUGCAAUAAGCAGCAUUUCUUUGCUCAAAGUAGACAAUGUCUUUUUUAUGUCAUUUUAUUGCAACUAUGAAAACCUAACCAUCUCUCACCCUUUAAUGAAAAUGAAUAAUUCUUGUGGUUUUGUUAUUAUUUAGAUAAAUGUCUUUUAUUUGCACAUGACUUCAUUGUUGGUUGAUUGACAGAAGUGGCUCAUGUCAGAUGUUGUGUGAGAACAUUACGGUAUUGUGCCUCUACUCUGUCUCUAGCUGCCUGUCUGUCUAGCUGCCUGUCUGUCUAGCUGUUCGUAUAAAAUUGCAUGUACUAUUUGUUGACGACAAAUUGUCAUUUUAUUUCAUUCUGUUAUGUAUGUUUGUCUCACCUUUGUGCCUUACUCAGGGUCUGUAUACAAGUGACCUCUUUCCAAAAGGAAUAAAGCCAUAUGAA